CUCUGCAAUCAUUUUGCUGGAAUCAGUGCUGCGAAAGGUCAUAUGAAGGAGUUGUGGGAAGCACAGCAGGUAUUAGACGCUAAACGCCUGGUUUUCCGAUUGCCUCACAUAAUAAGACAGAGUUUUGUCUGGGAAAUACAAAUCUGAGAAUGGAGUGGAAGGGAAAGUGCUCCAAGUUUCAGGUAUCUCGAUUUCCAGAAAACAGAAAUGACCAUGACUGCCAACAAGAAUGCCAGUGUCAACAGCAGAACCGGAGGGAGUAAGGUGCCACAGGACACUCUGGAUAGGUGUCAGUCAGUCUCUCCGCCACCUCUCUUGUCCCCGCCAAGAAGCCCAGCCUACCCACUCAGCGAUAGCGAGGACUCUUGCCGCGCUUCUCGCCUCACGAAAGUCUCCAAUUCCAGACUGCGCCUCCAGGACUGGAGCAGCCGAACAGCUGCCUUGCGAAGCACCUCCACGAGCGCCUCGGACACCGACUCGCCAAGCCACCCUCUCAAAGCCGUCAGUGUGGGCGCUUUGGAUAAGAGGCUCUCCGUGUUCAAGGCAGAGGACCACAAGGAGAGCCCGAAGGAGGCUCAGGAUGGGGACGCGAUAGGGAGCCAUCUGCUCACCCGGAGCACUCUCUCCUUGGGCACUGCAGCCAACCUGAGGAACCUGUCACUCAGCCGGUCGAGUGUCCGCUCGCAGGCCCUGGACAUCAGGCAGAAGAUCACGGAAUGGGAGUGCCGCCGGGAACCGUCUCCCAGGGCGAGCGCUUGCAUGGACAAGAGGGAUGCUGGCGAGAGGUCGGGCAGUGAGAGCUGCCCUAGCGUGCUGACUUCUCCAUGCAGCGAGAAAACCUUUGAUUUCAAAGGGUUCAGAAGGAUGAGCCGAACGUUUUCCGAGUGUUCUUACCCAGAAACAGAGGAGGAGGAACUGCUGGACAGAGAUUCCUGCCAUCGGCUGGAAAAGAGGACAGGCAGGAGCGAGCCUCCUGCUGCUGCUUUCCUCAAGGGCCACAUGAGGAAAGAAUCUUCGGCCGUGCUCAAUCGAAUACAGAAGAUUGAGGAGGCACUAAAAGAGCAGCCGGGCCGAGGCCUCCCCCAGUUACCCAGUAGCUGUUACAGUGUUGACAAAGGGAGGAAAAAGUCUCUGAGUACUGUGGAGGGACUCAGUGAAAACCUAAGCGAUAGCAAAGGAGGGAGUGUUAUUUUGGGGAGUGAUCCAGAAACACCUACUGAGGCUGAAAAAAACAAUAAAACAAAACCAGGGGUUACUGCAAACUUGGCUGGCCCUAAACUGCUCCUUGAAAGCCCAGCUAACACAGUGGUGAAUCCCGUCCCCAAGCCCAAACGCACCUUUGAGUACGAAGCUGACAAAAAUCCCAAAAGCCAAGCGAGCAAUGGCCUACCCCUGUGUGCUGCACCUGCUGCUCCUCCCCCACUCCCGUCCACCCCUGCCCCCCCUGUCACCAGGAGGCAGAAGAAAGAGUCACGCUUCCACAGAAAAUCCCAGAAUAGAAAAUCCUUUGAGUUUGAGGAUGCUUCAAGUCUGCAGUCCUUGUACCCUCCCUCCCCAACUGAAAAUGGGACUGAGAGCCAGCAUAAAUUUGGAUCCAAGAGCACUUUAGAAGAAAAUGCCUAUGAAGACAUUGUAGGCGAGUCACCCAAGGAAAACCCGUAUGAGGAUGUGGAGCUGAAAGGGCGUCACGCGGGCCGAAAAUCCCAUCAGCUCUCGGAGAAUUCCCUAGAUUCCUUGCACAGGAUGUGGAGUCCGCAGGACAGGAAAUACACAGCACCUCCGCAGCUGCCCUCCAAGCCGAGCAGCCAGCGGCGGCCGCAGCUCGCCUUCCCCCCCCCCCCCGGCAGCCUCCACGAGGACAGCCUGAGCACCACGAGCGAGCUGCUCUCUACGCGCCGAGCCAGGAGGAUCCCAAAGCUUGUUCAAAGAAUUAAUUCCAUUUAUAGUGCAAAAAGAGGAAAAAAGCGAUUGAAGAAACUUUCUAUGUCCAAUAUUGAGACAGCUUCCUUGAGAGAUGAAAACAGUGAGAGUGAGAGUGACUCAGAUGACAGGUUUAAAGCUCAUACGCAGCGUCUAGUGCACAUCCAGUCAAUGCUGAAAAGAGCUCCAAGCUACCGAACCCUGGAACUGGAGCUGAUUGAAUGGCAGGAACGGGAGUUAUUUGAAUAUUUUGUGGUAGUGUCACUGAAAAAGAAGCCCUCUAAAAAUACUUACCUCCCAGAAGUGACAUAUCAGUUUCCCAAGCUGGAAAGACCCACCAAACAAAUGCGUGAAGCAGAGGAGCGCCUCAAGGCCAUCCCUCAGUUCUGCUUUCCUGAUGCCAAGGACUGGCUCCCUGUCUCCGAGUACAGCAGUGAGACCUUCUCUUUCAUGCUGACUGGGGAAGAUGGAAGCCGGAGGUUUGGCUAUUGCAGGAGGCUGUUGCCAAGUGGAAAAGGCCCACGCCUACCUGAAGUUUAUUGUGUCAUCAGCCGCCUGGGCUGCUUUGACUUAUUUUCCAAGAUCCUGGAUGAGGUUGAAAGGAGAAGGGGUAUAUCUGCUGCCUUGGUUUAUCCAUUUAUGAGGAGUCUGAUGGAAUCUCCUUUCCCUGCACCUGGAAAGACAAUCAAAGUCAAAACGUUCCUGCCUGGAGCUGGAAAUGAGGUGAUCGAGCUGCGGCGGCCCACGGACUCGCGCCUCGAGCACGUGGACUUCGAGUGUCUCUUCAAGUGCCUCAGCGUGCGGCAGAUCAUCAGGAUAUUUGCUUCUCUCCUCUUGGAGCGGCGCGUGAUUUUUGUAGCGGAUAAGCUCAGCACCCUCUCCAGCUGUUCGCACGCCGUGGUGGCCCUGCUGUACCCCUUCUCCUGGCAGCACACCUUCAUCCCCGUCCUGCCUGCCUCCAUGAUAGACAUCGUGUGCUGCCCGACGCCCUUCCUCGUGGGACUGCUCUCCAGCUCCCUGCCCAAGCUGAAGGAGCUGCCCGUAGAGGAGGCUUUGAUGGUUAACCUGGGAUCCGAUCGAUUCAUCAGACAGAUGGAUGAUGAAGAUACACUAUUACCUAGAAAGCUGCAAGCAGCUCUGGAGCAGGCUUUGGAGAGGAAGAAUGAACUGAUAAAUCAGGAUUCAGAUAGUGAUUCUGAUGACGAAUGUAACACCCUGAAUGGAUUAGUGUCCGAAGUUUUUAUCCGAUUCUUUGUGGAGACGAUUGGCCAUUAUUCCCUGUUCCUAACUCAGAAUGAAAAGGGAGAGCGUGCCUUCCAAAGAGAGGCAUUCCGUAAAUCUGUGGCCUCCAAGAGUAUCCGCCGCUUCUUGGAAGUUUUCAUGGAAUCCCAAAUGUUUGCUGGCUUCAUCCAGGAUCGAGAGCUGAGAAAAUGCAGGGCAAAAGGUCUCUUUGAACAGAGGGUCGAACAGUAUUUGGAAGAGCUUCCAGACACUGAACAAAGUGGAGUAAACAAGUUCCUGCGAGGCCUUGGAAACAAAAUGAAGUUUCUUCACAAGAAGAAUUAACUCCUUUCUGCUAAAACGCCAACCCAAAGACUAUUUAUAACACUGUGCUUG